UGUAGUUUCAGGUUAAUGUCUAAAUUUUGAAAUGUUUUCUGUAUUUCAAAAAGAAAUUCUUUAUAGAAAUGUACUAGGGAAAACUCGCGUAGGUUGGUUUUCCUUAAAAAAAUACCUAGUCCUUCUGAAAGUUCAAUAUGAUCUAAUACGUAGAAUAACAUCGGUCGACUUGAAGAGCCCGAACAUGUUACGAGGCAUAGACUACGUACGAGACCCCCGCCUGUGUAAGGGUUUAGGAUUUACAUUGGAAGAGAGACAAGCACUAGGGAUACAAGGUCUCAUACCAGCGGGCUAUAAAAGUCAAGAGGAGCAACUUAACAUUUGCAGAAUUUCCAUAGAAAGAUACAAGGAUCCCUUGAAUAAAUACAUCUAUUUGGUCGAAUUGCUGGAACGGAACGAAAGGCUGUUCUUUACUCUCCUAUCAACGGAUAUCGAACGCUAUUUGCCAAUCGUGUACACUCCUACUGUGGGUCUGGCUUGUCAAAAGUUUGGUUUCAUUUAUAGAAGACCACGAGGUCUCUUUGUGACUAUUGCCGAUAAAGGGCAUGUUUAUGACAUCCUCUGUAACUGGCCAGAACAAGACGUUAGAGCUAUAGUGUUCACAGAUGGCGAACGAAUCCUCGGUUUAGGAGAUUUAGGCGCUUACGGAAUGGGUAUACCAGUGGGCAAGCUGGCUUUGUACACGGCACUAGCACAUAUCCAUCCGCAUCAGUGUUUACCGAUCACGUUGGAUUGUGGCACUGAUAACCAGACCCUUUUAGAAGAUCCUCUGUAUUUAGGCCUACGACAAAAAAGGGUUCGCGGCAAAGAGUAUGAUGAUUUCGUUGAUGAGUUCAUGAUUGCUUGUAUUGAACGUUUCGGACCUAAUACACUGUUGCAGUUCGAAGACUUUGCCCUAGUAAACGCUACUCGGCUCCUCCAGAAAUACAUCAAUGAUUAUUGCACUUUCAACGACGAUAUUCAGGGCACGGCCAGCGUGGCCGUGGCAGGACUUUUCGCCGCCACAAGAAUAACUAAAAAGAAGGUCCAAGAAAAUGUUUUUAUGUUCCUCGGGGCUGGAUCAGCUGCAACAGGCAUUGCCAAUUUGAUAGUAGCGCAUAUGGUAGACGAAGGCAUGAAGAGAGAAGAUGCCCAGAAGCUUAUAUACAUGUUCGAUGUAGAUGGUCUUUUAACUAUGAAGCGCCAAGGCGGCGUUCCAGAUCAUGCUAAGCAUUUUGGAAAAGAUUCAGAACCUGAGAAAAACUUUGAGAAGUGCGUGGCUACAAUCAAACCUACUUGUCUUAUAGGCUGUUCAACAGUCGGCGGGGCUUUCAAUGAAAAUAUUCUAAAGCAAAUGGCGCAGAAUGCAGAAAGACCGAUAAUAUUUGCUCUUUCCAACCCGACCAGCAAAGCGGAGUGUACAGCACAAGCUGCGUAUGAUCACACGGGGGGUAAAUGUGUCUUCGCAUCCGGAUCACCUUUCCCUCCGGUUAAUUACAAUGGCAAGGAGUAUCGCACAGGGCAGGGUAACAAUUCCUAUAUCUUCCCGGGACUAGCAUUGGGAGUGAUUGAAUCCCGGUCGCGGCAUAUCACGGAAAUGAUGUUCUUGAUUGCUGCUAGAACUCUGGCAAACUUUGUAAGCGAAUCGGACUUGAAUAUAGGCCGAAUAUAUCCACCGCUCAAUGAUACGACGAAAGUAUCCCUCAAAAUCGCGGUAGAGGUCGCUAAAUACGCUUAUGAUGAAGAAUUGGCUACAAUGUUUCCUAAGCCAAAGGAUAUGAAAUGUUACAUUCAAUCCCGGUUAUAUAAUCUAAAGUAUCAUUCAUACUUGCCAAAAUUUUACGAAUAUCCAAAACCACCGGAUAUCAAAAUAAAAUCAGUGGAGGAAGCUUACCAAGGCAUCAUGAAACCAUCAAGUACCUCGGGCUAAUAGUUAUACAGUUAAGUUGUGAAUAAGUUGUGUUUUU